AUGCCACGGGACGAUAUGAGUAGGGGAGGAAGCGGCCGUGCAGGGGUCAACAAGAACUUUCUUCUCAACACCGUCCACGGACUAAAAUCGCACAACAAGCGCGAGGAGGAGGAGGACUGCUGGAGACAGCACGGCCUCGAGCAGAGGGCGCGAGAGCGCCUGCUGGCUCACGACGCCAACCGAAAUCGACGAAAUGUCCCGGCCGACGGAGGUGAUACAUCGGCGAGCCACGCCUCCGACGUUGAUGCUCGCCGAUUCUGGGCAGAGCGGAAGGAAAGGACCAUGACUGCCACAACGCCGGCCAUCGACCCGAGCGCAGCAGCCGCCGCUACAGGAGGUUCAUCGCCCUCGGUGGAUAGGAAGAGGCAACGAGAGGAUAGUGAGGAAGGCACUGGGAGGGCGAAUGGGAAUCGUGGAGACAGGAGAAAGAAAGACGAUAAGAAGAAGGGGAACAAGAAGAAAAAGAAGAAGAGGAAACGGGAGAGCCGAGAUAGGGCCGGAAGCGACGAUGAGCGAGGAGCUGUAGGCGUAGGGAACGCCGGGGGGGAUGAGGAAGCUCGCAGAAGACACAAGCGAUCGAAGAAGCGUGCACAGAAGAGGCGCAACAAAUGACAGGUCGAGGCCCAACGCCGAUUUGAGCAGGCCGCCUUGCCAGGAGAAGGUGUGCGCGAUUGCUACCCCCCACAUCAGUGCUAUUCCGGGGUAGGUGACUUUGUGUCAACCCGCAGCAGUGUCGCCAUCGUGAGGUGCGGCGGGAUAAGGGGCGCUGGAGGGAUGCUUGAGCUGGUGAUGGCAGCUGGCGUCAUGGCCUGCGCUACACGUAAAGUGUGUGGGAGCGUCGGACGCCGAUGAAGCUGAAAUCGUUCGAAGAUAAGCCGUGCUGUUCAAGCAAACGUGUGCAUGCGGCGCAUGCGCGAAAGGGUCUUCGCGCGCACGCAGUUGCUGAUUCGUCUCAUAAGGGAGAUGAUGGGGGUCAGUCUGCCUGUCUUCUAUAUCGCUGGGCAAGUUUGACUGCCCAUCCUGGUGGUGCACGAAGCAGCGGUUAAAGCGUGAAGUUAGCACGGCAUGUAUGCGUAGUG